UCCAGGCUUGGCUGCCCAUGGAUGUGUCAGUCCCCACUAUCUGUGUUGACCCAGCUCGGAACAUCUCUGCAGCUGAGACUGGAGGGGAGUGAGGAGGAGGAGGAGGAGGAGGAGGAGGAGGAGAACGGAGACUCCGAUUCUCUGCUGGAGCCUGGGCAGCCGGUGGUGCAGUGGCAGGAGCACAGUGAUGCCAGUGAGGCCAUGCUGGAGAGGCUGGAGGGGCUGGAGGCCGACGUCCGCUUCCUCUGCACGGAGCUGGGGGCAGAGAAGCUGCUGUGGAGCAGCCGCUUCCUGGAGGUGCUGCGGGAACAACAGAGCCUUCGCCAGCGGGUGCAGGAGGUGCCGUGGCAAUGGAACAGCAGCGACAGCCCCGAGCUGCUGGGGGAAGUGGAGGAUCCAACUGCCAGCGGGAGCGAGGGAGAGAGCCCAGAAGGACACCAGUGGGCAGAGCCCCUGUGGCCACCACGCGGCACCAUCCAGCCUGAUGGCAGAAAACGUAAGUGAAGGUGUGAGCAGGGCAUCAGCGAGUCACGAAGGAGCCACACGUCCCUCCCUGCCCAGGCUGCUCAGGACACAGGCCAGAGUGGUGGAGUCCCAGCUGCGUCCCUGGAUGUGCCUCUCCAUCCGUCGGGGCCAGCCAGGCCUGGCCCCAUCCUGCAGAACUGCAGCCAUUCCUUGGGAGCAGGAACCAGCCAAGAGGCAGGUCAGGGUGAGCUGCUGGCCCUAGGGCCAGGAGAAGUCACAGCCACCUCCCUGCCCAGGGCCACCCCAGGGCUGACUGUGCCCUGGUGGGGUUGGCUCUGGUGGAGCCCACCACAGAGCAUCCUCCUGAUCUACUGCACCUUGUUGGGAGGCUCCAGGAACAAGGAGUCUGCUCACCAGUGGCCCCAGACACCUUGCACAAGCUGGAGCCCCUGGGGCGAUGGAUUGCAAAACUCACCCAGUGACUUCCUGGCCGGCCAGGCCUGGUCCCCAUGUCAGCAGCUCUGCACGUGUUGCAAGGCCAGGCCAGCUCUUCGCGACAGCGGCCGGGGGGAAGCGGCUCCCCUGGGGUGGCCGAGGGCCCCUCGUGCCCCAGAUGAUGAGCCCUGGGACCACCAGCACCGUUCGGAGCAGGGCUGAGGGGCCUCCCCGUGCCCAGGCCUGGCCUAGCACAGAGGGGCUGUGUCCUGCCCCCCACCCCGGGGUCCCCAGGGCUGCCCCUGUGCUGUGGCUGUUCAAUACA